AUCUCACGUACCUCGAUGUUGACAUUCAACAUGGCGGUAUGUCGGCAGUGCUGUGCUGUGUCGUGGCGAGUUAAUUUUUCAAAAUUUUCCAAAUAAUAGUGCAAUUUCAUCUGCAGUAACCCAAAAUUAUGACCGCUAGUAACACACAGAGAAAAUAUUGGAUAUUAAUUACGCCAACGCAAACAAGUCAAAUCAACAACGCAACAGACUGAACAGCCUUGAAUAGUCACAUCCAGCAAGCAUUGAAGACAUCUGAGGAUCUUUUUUUUAAAUUCGAUAAUAGUUGAUUUUUAUCUCUAACGUUAAGUGAAACUUAAAAAUUUUCUAACCCCUGUGUUAUUGUUCUUCGUUCUGCAACACUUUGCCAUACUACGACUUCAUGCCGAUCGAAUCGCUUUCUCCGAAAAAUGGUCUAGGAAAAGACAUUUAAGAAAGUAUUAUCUUCAUCUCAUCCGUUUUCGCCGAAACAGUAACAAACAAAUUGGAGGAUCGUUUAUUUUUCACGAGAUUUGUUACGUUUCGUUUUGGACUUACACGUGUCAUUUCUAAUUGUGUUUCGUACCUUAAAAUUUGGUUCCAUUACCAGUUACUUGUGCUGCACGGUGAUUUUAAUAGAACUCCAAAGACUAUAUAAAAAUGAUCAAUUUACAGUUUGAUGCGCUUAUUAAAUUUAUGAAACUGGUGUCACUGUAGGGAAAUUAAAUAAAUUGCUUGUACUAAUAUACAAAGACCGUUUCUGUGAUAUCUUAAUGUUAUAUAUUUUACAUUUAUUUUUUUCUAGAAAACUGGUUUUAUUGCAUUGUAUAUUGUAUUUAUAAUCUACAAAGUAAUUAAGGACUUUUUCGAAACAAACUUGAAAUGUCUAAUAAUCCUCAGUGGAAGUCAUUCCAACCGCCACUAAUUAUGAACUCCGAUUCCCUUCUUGAAUACAAAUCCAUGGCCUCUCCAUUAUCCAUCAAUGAUCGUAACUCAGGGCCCAUGAUGAAUGGCCCAUCGUAUAAUUCAAACUCGGUGAACCACUUCCAACAACAGCCAUACCAUUCAUUCAUCCUCGACAAAAAUGGAUCGAAUAACGAUUUCUCCAGUUCAACAAGCAACUUUUCUGCUUCCAACUACAACUCAUCAUUCAAUCAAUCGUCUAAUCUCAUGGCACGCAAAAAAAGACCACCAAUGUCUAUGGAUAUCUUCAAUGGAGACAGUGUUUCCCUAUCAUCCAACACUAGCAACUCUGGUUACAACAAUGUUAAUCAAGUUACAAGGGAAACUGGGAUCAUUGAAAAAUUGCUUCAUUCUUACGGAUUCAUCCAGUGCUGUGAGAGGCAAGCAAGGUUAUUUUUCCAUUUCAGUCAGUUCACUGGUAACACUGACCACCUGAAAAUCGGUGAUCCAGUGGAAUUUGAAAUGACGUAUGAUCGCCGAACCGGAAAACCCAUUGCAAGCAGCGUCACUAAAAUCGCCCCAGAAGUUGUGCUUAGUGAAGAAAGAGUCACUGGAUGCGUUACUACAGAACUCAGGACAGAAGGUAGUGGUGGUGAUACUCAAGGACGGAUUAGUUAUGAAAACAGGGGUGAAUGUUUCUUUCUUCCUUAUAACAAAGAUGAUGUUGAAGGCAAUGUGACCCUGCGUUGUGGAGAUAAAGUCAGUUUCCAGAUUGCAACCAAUGCCAGAGGCAACUUAGGUGCCAGCCAUGUUCGACUAGAAAACCCUGCUCAACCCGUCAAUUACAAAGGUGUAAUUUGCUCCAUCAAAGAAACAUACGGCUACAUAGAAAGAGCGGAUGUGGUGAAAGAAAUAUUCUUCCAUGUUCCUGAAGAAGAAUCAAGCACCAAAUUCCAGUUGGGUGAUGAUGUUGAAUUUAAUAUUCAGACCAGACAAGGAAAAGAAGUAGCGGUCAAUAUGCGAAUCUUGCCUCCUGGAUCAGUCGUGUUUGAAGAUGUGUGUGAUGAUAUUAUGAAAGGGCAAGUGCUGAAAACCCUUGAAGACAGUGCCAAGUCUCAGCCCCAGGCCUCGGAUCCCCUUCCUGGGCGUAUUCGUUACAGAGCUGCUGAUCACUCCGAAGAGGAAAUUCCUUUUGGUGACAAGGAUCAAAUUAGGAAUUACACCCUCAAGCAUGGUGAUUGGGUACAGUUUAGAAUUGCCACUGAUCGCAGAGAUCAGCUGAAGAGGGCUACCCAGAUAUCACUCAUGAGCGACUCUUUUGAGGUCUCUGGUGAGAAACGCGAACAAGGUGUUAUCGCUGUGUUGAACGAUAAAACAAGCACCGGCUUCAUCGACUGUGUUGAACGAGAAGCCGUCAAGUUUCAGUACUCUGAAGUUAUUGACACAGAUCGUGACAUAUCUGUUGGAGAUGAAGUCGAAUUCACCGUGAAACAGGAAUCAUUUAUGAGCAAUGAAAAGCAGGCUAUUCGAGUCAAGCAUAUGGAACGUGGCUCAGUUCAAUUUGAAGUAAUUCUAGAGUCAAACGUCACAGGCACUGUUGUUCAGCCCUGUGAUUCUGUCAGAUCAAGUCCAAGCAAAUCUAAGAGCAGCAAUGGAUUAGAAUCGGAUUCCAAUGAGAGCUUUGGCUGGAUUUGCUACCAGUCAAAUGGAGUCAAGAAACCUUUAAUAAAGUAUUAUGCCAAGAACUGUGAUUCCUACAAGCUUCCUCAUGCCAACGAUCAGGUUACUUUUAAUGUCAGUCAGGUAAAGAGAACGAAGGACUUGCUUGCAACCAAUGUGUCCUUGGUCAACAAGAAUAUAAACCCCACUACUAAUAGCAAUCACAAUCACACCAAUAACACCAAAAACAGCAACUCAAACAUUCAUCAAGGUUACAUCGCAGCUAUCAAAGAAAGUUUUGGAUUCAUCGAGACGAUUACACAUGAUCGCGAAGUCUUUUUCCACUAUAGUAAUCUUCAUGGUGAUCCAAGUCAGCUGGAGCUAGGUCUUGAAGUAGAGUACACUGUAGCCUACAAAAAUUCUGCUAAUGGCACCUGCAAAUCUGCAGAAAAUGUUCGGAUUCUUCCUAAAGGCACCAUCAAACCAGAUGCAACUGUAGAAGACGAAACAGUUUAUGAUGGAGUUGUCGUCCGGUCUAUGCGUUCCGUCAAUCCUGAUCAGCCAGAGUACUCAGGCUUGAUAAGGUCAAACUCUGCUGACGAAGAUGCCGAAGCUAAAGAAUAUGAAUUCAACAUAACAAGCCUAGUGAAUAAAAGAGAGCUCUUGCAGGCAAAUGACCCAGUUCAGUUCCAAGUCGAUUCAAAAGGCAGGGCUGCAAAUUUAGUCGCUGUGCGAAUUAAACGACGAACAACUGUUGACUCUGUCAAAGGAACUAUCGGGUUUUUGUCUUACGAAGUUGAAGAAGGAAAGAAGCUGUUCUUCCGCACAACUGAAGUAAAUGACGGAGUUCCACUCCAGCCCGGCGAUCAAGUUGAAUUUUUCCUUGUCACCAAUCAACGAUCUGGCAGAUCAUCAGCAUGCAACAUAACCAAAGUGAAGGAUGGGCCAGUUGAAGCCAGGCCUGAACGAUUAAUCAGCAGAUUAAGAACUGUUUCCAUUGAUGAUGGUGGCCCAAAAUUGACUGUCAUCAGACAACCUCGCGGAGCAGAUAACAAUGCCAAAGGAUUCUCAGCAGACGCACGACGGCCCAGAGCACCUGGCGUGAUUCUUGAAUAAGUAUUUAUUGUUUUUAUUCCCAUAGUUUUUACCUGAUUCAAAAGCAAAAUCUCCCAAUAGAAAGCAGUUUCAAAGAUCAUUACAGGGAAACUAUACAAUUUUCAUCUCCAACCCAUCAGAAAUCUCUUUUGUAUACUGUAAAUGCUACUCUUUUAAGAUACUGUAAGUUGACUGUCACAGUUUUCUUUCAUUAUAGACCUGUUCUGCUCCAUUAACUCCAAAUCACGCUCUUUCCCACUGAUAUAGUCUAGAAAUUUCUCCCCUUUUGUUCCUCACUUCUUGUCUAAUCAAUUUGAAGAGGUUUUAAAGCCUAAGAAGUGUUUAAUUUAUGAUCAUUGAAAUAGUUUUUUUCUUUCUUUCUUUAAAAAAAAUAUCUGUGACAUUUCUGAACAAAGAGUACUGUGAUUUACACAAGAAUGAAACGCUUACCCUCUCUGUUACUGAUUACGGGCCACAAUUUUUUGUCUUUGUACUUCUUCACUUAUGAUUCAAUAUUUGUAAUCUCUCAAUCGUUUUGACCCAUCUUCAAGUUUCUUUAAUCAAGGUAUAAGUAACUUACUCUACCUAACUGUUAAUUAUGAAAAUAUGAUAAUUGAUGUAAAAAAAAAAAAAAAAAAAAAAUAUUCUCAAUUUUUACAAGCACAUUAAAUUUUAUCUCCUUUUUUCAGAUUUUACAACACUUGUGCUUAGAUAUGAUUAUCAGAAGUUUUUUAAUUAUCCCGCUAAUUAAUUGAGUCUCCAAGUGUUUUGUACCAGUGGUGUAGGUGAUUGUUGAAGAACUUUUCAACUCCAAAAACAGGAGUUGAAAGAAGUAUUUGGUUGUAAGAAAAGCGUCAUGUAUUGAAUUAUUCAAUCCCAUCGGUCGCAAUGACUAUUGUCAAUGGCCUUUGAACAUCUUUGAUACCGGUGUGUCGCUGAUAAAUAAGUCGCAAAUUUCACUUACUUUCACUCUCUCACUGAUUUCAAAAGCACAAGUAUCUUUUAAUUUUCCAGUUAAAAGUCAUUAUCUGUGUAGCGUUUGGCGUUUUUCUUUUAUUGGGUGUUAACAAAGGGAUCUACAUGAUCCUAAGAAUGAAAGUCAGGAGGGAUUAAAACUUAUUGCUUUUCCAACUUUUCAAAUUAUCCGUCACUGAAGACAAAUGAAUAUCAAUUAGCUACUGAAGGAUAAACUCUUAUUCCAGUCUUUUUCAAUUGACCAGGCCAAAAAUUAAUCUUGUUUCUUUGAAUGAGAAAAUGAAGGGUGUGAGAUUUGAAAUGUUUGGAUUUGCAUCAAUUGCAAACUUUCUUCUGGUUCACAUAUUGCUGACACGGUCAAAUCUUAAAAAUGAACACACUGUUGACUAUUCAAUUUCUUUGGACACUUUUUGCAAAGACUCAGAAGGUUUUCAAUUAUUUCAGACAACGCUAAGUUCAUUAAGAUGGGUGAAUUCUCCUGGAAUUUCCAGGUUACCGCAAGUCAUUUGGUAAACCUGUUUGCUCUGAAUGUGAAGUACAAUUAAUUUAACAGAAAUUCCAGUCAGAGUUCUUCAUGUUUUAAGAGAAAUUUUAAGUGGAAAAUUAGUCCUGUCAAUUUAACUUAUAAAUUAUACAAGUUUCGAAGUUCCAAGGCUUCCACCCGCUAUCCCCGUCCUUUCUCUCCCCAUACCAUUACCCUUAAAGAAUAAUUCUGCAUUGUUCUAUGUGGUUGUUGGUGGUCCUGUUUUUGUACUUGCCUGUGAUUAGGAGUAAUUAUCUGUAACCACUCUCUUCUGCAUCCUUUGCUGAUAUUGUUUCAUUGUUCUAAAGAACUUAUAAAGCAAUCUUUUUUAUACGUUUUACUGUAAGGAACUGACUCGAUAAUUUCUGUUAGUAACUGUGAAUAGAAGUUUUCAAUUUUCCGUUUCAAGCACAGUUCCGUAUUGCCCACCUGCGUUCUAGUUGGAUUCUUGUCUUUAUAAUUUUGAUCAUGAUCAGUGAUGUUAUGUUAAGCGUCAAUGGCAAUCUUCUUUUCUCUCCAUUCAUGCAGUAGUGAACAAUAUGCACGUACCCCUUUUAUUUUCUUCCGUAACAUGUAAAACGGGUGUUUUUAUCCAUCAACCUCUCUAAACUAGCACUUUUUUUUGGUAAUUAUUUCCAAUAUAUAAAAGAAAGGAAUAAAAAACCCUGUAUUAUCAAACUGAAAUACAUGCACAACAUUUUUGUUCUACUACACCACUAAUCCGAUUCUUUUGGUUGAGACAAUUCUGAACCUGUUCAAAAAUCAUCCCUUACCGAGUCAAAAUAUUCCAAUAAUUACCUCAGCUUCUCUCAUUAAUGACUAUCUAGAGGAGCAACUCAGAUAGUAACUCGUAAGCUCCCACUGGAGAAUGUUUCAAAAAUUGCAAGGGCAACAGAAAUUCACAAUAAGAAAAUUAAUAUUUCCAUAGAUUAUUGCUGUAAUUGCUUUCCAGUAUCAAUAAUAGUGUCCAUUGCAUGAUGUAUCAUGGUUGAAUUUCAUUUUCUGUACGAAUAAGCUUUAAUUUUAGACUCGGCUAAAUUUUCAAUGUUGUAUCCUUUUAACAUCUAUUUCUCUUCCUUGGAGCUUAACUUUUUCCUUAUUUUUUUUUGCUUCGUCGCCACCUGUUAAAAUGAACAGUGGAGUCAUUCAUCCAAAAUCUCUAGCCCAAAGAAUUCCCCACGUACAUUUCAUAACACUGUUUGAUUGAAUUGUGAUAAGAACAUGCAUCAGUUCUCAAAUCUUUGGUGAGGACAUGGUCCUUCUUCUCUUUCUUUCCUUUAAUUUAAAGGCCGUUAACAUAAAGUUCCUUACGUUGUUUUAAGUUUUUGAACUCGUGAAAGUAAUUUUUUUUUAAUUCCAUUUUCUCUCUAGGUGUUUUUGUACCUUGAAUUUUAAGUUUAAGUUGAUCAGUUUUGCUCCAGCUUUUCAUAGUAUAAAAAACGCUGUUGCUUUAUUUAAUCUGUUCCAACUGAUUGCAUGAUUUGGCUAGAUUCAGAUUAUUUUAACUUGCCUCCUGUCAAACUAGUAUCGAAGAACAAGAAUUGUAAGUUCCUUUCAUCUCAAGAGAGUAAGCAUUUUUCAGGGUUCUUUUUGUUUUUGCAAGGUUUGUUGUUUUAUUGAUUAAAGUGAUGUAUCAAAUCUUGAUUGCCAAAAAUUCCCCAUGUAAUUUUCAGUCUUAAUUUAAUAAAAGCUGAUGAUUUUAAGUUUUAAUCCAUGCUCGAUUUCUGUGUAGUUUCACAAUAGAGAAAAAUCAUGUGUACUUGUACUUUUAAAACAAAUUGCGAUGUCGGCGGUCGUAAAACAAAUUUUGUUGAAUCAUUAUCAUUUCCGUUUUUGAAAGGCAUCUUCAUCAGGGAAUUUUUCCUUGAGAAAGUUGAAGGAAUAAAGAUGCCAGUCAUAAAUACAUAACUCUUUUACUACGAGAGAAAAAUCCUUACUUCAAAUACUUCUCCACUGUCUUACUGUUAAAGAUAGAAACUAAGUUCAGCCCUAGGAAACAAGAUCUGCUGUGAAACUGACGAUGAUCUAAAAAAAAUACUAUUUAUAAAACGAUAGGAUCCUUUGUACCUCUCAUCUUGAAAUUGUAGAUCUGGUUUUUUGGAGCUUUUGAGCGUCGCACCUCCCAAAAUUUCAUCUCCUUGAAUUGAGGUAUAUAAAACGUUUAUGCCUUACAUUCCUUGGAAAACUUAACGUCUCUCUCUGCGGUUAAGGUGACCCAAGGAGCAAUUAUAUUAUUUGUGCAAAAGUCUAAGCGUAAUGCCAUGGUCUUCUUUUUCUUUUCACUGAAUGGAAGUACAUCAUUUUGAGCAGUUCUGAAAUUUCUAAAAUAUAUAGCUUGCAAGGUUUCCUUUCAAAAGCGCUUAUGGUUUGAGGGACCUUAUUUUUAAGUAAAUUCAAGCCUUAAAAAUAGCUCCUCCUGACCCUCUAACAUUUUGACUUUACAGAAAUUACUCUGUAAAUUUUCUUGGAAUCUUUCCUCAUCUUUCUGACGUUACUUGUCUAUCAGUUUGUUAACUUGGAUCUCAGUGCAGGUGAACGGUACCAUAUGAGAUACCCAGUUUUAACUUCCUUAAUCACAGAUCCUUUUCUCUCAUAAAAUAGGUAACUCGGAUUUUUUUGUUGAUGACAAGAUUAAAAUUCAGCUCUAAGAACUUGUUAAAAUUCAGUUAAUUUUUAUUUUUAAAGUAGUUUUUGUGUUAAAAGUAAUUUUAGGAGUUCACCUUUCUUACUAAAUCUAUACCUAGUCAGUAUUUUACUGUCUUUUUUCUGAGACACUAUGUUUACUUUAUACUUUUAACCAUGUUUGAAAUUAGGGGUGAAACUAUAUGUUGAGUACAAAAGAAAAAAAAGUUACGGUAGCCAUAAGUCACAUCAGGAAGGCAAACUGGUGAAGAGAAACAUUUGACAUCAUGAAAAAGAAGAAGAAAAUAUUCGGUUUCCAUGGUUUGAGGGGGAGGGUAUGGUAAAGCAGUCAAUGUUGUGAAUGGAGUAUGUUUAAAGUUGCUCGACUGGUUUCUUUCUCACUGCAUUCUUCAGAUGCCACUACAAUACUAACUUGGAAUUUUAUCACACCAGGACUUGUUUCAAUUAAAUGCUAUUAAGUAUUCUACCCUUUUCCUCCCUUUCUUUUAAUUAAUUGUUUUGCUGUGAACACUUUAGUAUUCUUAUUAUAUACUAGACUGAAAAAUGUACAAACUCAGAAAUCCACAAUUAAAUCAUUGAUUAUAAACUUGUUA